AGUUCAGGUUCAGUCGUGUUCGUAACGUCGUCGAGUUGAAACCGCCAGAAAAGAACCAGAGCAGAUUCUCACAUUUCUCACAUAGAUAUGAGCAGGCAGCAGCAGUAGCAGCGGCAGAGCAGAGAGCAAAUCGGUGCAAUCUUGAAAAGUGUGUUUCCCAGUGCUUCACCUGAAGUUUCUUGGCACUACAUUGCCUUACCAGAGAUUCGCUCCAGUGACCACGAACCACGAGCACGCAGGAGAAAGAAGCGGCUGACAGAAGUGCGAUUUGCAGGCAGCGCGAAGCGGCUAAAAAGUAUUGCAUACCACGGGGCUGUCAUGAAAAAUAGAUAUCGAUUGGCCAGGGCAUGAAAAUAAGAAUCUGAGUGCGGCUCUCGCGCAAGUUUCUGUUUUUAAUGUCCAAUAAAGUUGUUUACGGCAACAUUCAGAAGGCCAUCCAAUUUGUCGGCUGUGUGUGUGCGUGUGUGUGUGUGGGCAUGAGAUCAUCGCCGGAAGAAGGCGCCCGCUGGUAUGCAAUAAUUUUUCUCACGCCACCAUUUCUCUCCGCAGCGGAAGUAUAAUCCAAUUUGGCCUAUGACAAUACAAACGCACUUUCUUCGCUACGCAUUGUCCAGGUGCGUGUGCGUAUAGAGAGAGCGAGCGAGAGGGAAAGCGGACGAGCAAGCGAGAGGUGAAAUAGUUAGGUUUAAAGGCCAGGCGCGUGUGUGUGACCCAUGAAAAGUUGUUAAACAUAAGCAACGUCAAUCGCCGCAGAUCGAAAGAAGAGAAACCCCUACGCGCGCGUGUUUAAUUUGUAUUUUUGGCACUUUGGUUGGCAAACAGCAAAAGCAUUUCCCUAUGAUUGGCUCAUUCUGGAAUUUGUGCAGAGCGUGCCCAUCAAUGCCGGUAGACAAGCUCCACUCGGAGUAUCGGAGCACUUAUCGCUGGCAUGAAUUUACGGGCAACUCGCGGCCAGAGGUUGUGCGACGGGCGCCUGCCCCAAACCCAAGUCAAUUUGUUGGAGCGACAAAUGAGCCGCCAUUGCCGCGCCGGAAAAAAUGUCCAGAAUUAGCAUAUAAAUCGCACGAGUUUAUUAUAGGAUCGGAGUAUACAGAUGGACGCCGGGAUGCCAGUGCACAUCGUUUGGCGAGAUCGGAGGAGCGCGGUGGCACACCUUCGCGCCGCAGCAAAUCGGAGGGACCACCCGUUGUGCCCAAUGGACGUGCGUAUCCCAUUGCCACGGAGAUCGACGGAACCACAAGAAAACAGGCGGCUACUCUACAUGAGUUGGAGCCCUUGGUUAGCGAUACGGAUGAUAGAAAAACGCACGAGAAACAAGUGACCAUUGUGGAGCGCAAGAUCACCUCGCGUCCCUUCUCGCAGGCCAUCGACCAAGAGCGCCUGAACCACUUCAUCACGAAAAAGGAGAACUUUGGCUUCGCCGAUGCCGCCGUGGCCGCCGCGGCCCUCAAGGACGAGGUGGACAACCGGCAGCAGGCCGGCGAAUCUGGCCAGGUGGUGGUCAUGAACGGCUCCGCCCCGCCGCACUCGAAACCGAAUUUGGAUUUGUGGUUCAAGGAGAUGGUGGAGCUGCGCAAAAAGGCCGGCGAAUACAAGUGUCGCGGUUGGGGUAUAGAAAUCGACCCGGAAUUGUAUAAGAAACAGAAGGAUCUAUGGGAUCAGGUUUCAAAGCGCAGCUCACUUUCGGCACUUUCUCUAGCCUCUUCUGUUCAUAGACCCAUUACAAAGGAGGAGAAGGAACAGGAGAACAAUAAGAAGUCGACGCCAUUGCAGAAGGCCCAGAAGCCGCGUGUUCCUGGCCAAGCCUUUCUGAUUGAUAAUAAGGAUGAGAUUUCAGCACUGCCAGCACGCUUUAGCAAUAUACGCCAUCACCUUGAACGCACCACAGGUCCGGAUGUGGAAGAGGGAGCUUUGUUGCCCUCGCCCACGCGCGAGAAGCUGAUGCCGGCUAUUACCAAGCGGGAAUCGGAAUCUCAGCGAGGAAGUCCCAAGAAGACCGCCUUGUCCAGGCACGGAUCGCCCCAGAAGGGUAGUCCUCAAAAGGGCAGCCCCAAGAAGGUCCUUAAAACCCGGUCGCAAUCGGCGGGUCCGGGCGUUGCUGAGAAUGAGUCACCGAAACGGCAGAUCCGGUCGGCGAGUCAGGCGCCCAGCAGCCGUAAAAAGACGCCGACAACCGGAAGCGGAAGCGAACGCAAGGCACGCCCAUCCACCCUAUCCACAACAUUCCAAUCCCGCAUUAAAAGUAGUUCCUUGCCACCGCCCAACGGUAGAGUAGUCUCAGCGCCGCCAGCCACUGCAGCAGCAGCCGCAGCAGCAUCAGCAGCCAAAUCAGCAUUAAACGCUAAUCAGGCUCAUGCUAAUCAAUCACAAUCAUCACAUGCCAAGAGCGGUAGCAUCAGCGGCAGAAUUUCAAAGCCAUCGGCCACAUCCGCCCAACAGCAAGAACAGCAGCAACAGCAACAGCAAAUGCGUAAGAAAGACAAAGAUAGAUCGAAUAGUAGUUGCAUUGGCAGUGGUAGUCAUGUUGGUGCUGGUAGCGGUAGUCAAGCAAAUAGUGUCAAGCAUCUGCAGAAUAAGCAAAAGCAACAACAACUACAGCAGCAACAGCAACAAAAGCAACAACAACAACAGCAACCGCAACAGCAAAAGCAGCAGCAAAAACAGCAGCAGCAACUCGAUGUUGCAGCAGCAGCAGCAACAGCAGCAGCAGCAGCAACAUCGGCAUCUCCCCAAAACCCAACCCGGCCUGCCACCAUCAACAUCAAACGGCUCACGGUACCAGGUCAGGAUAGAAAAUUGGCUGAAAACGAAGGCGAGGAUGGUCGUGAGACUGCCAUUUCCAUUUCCAGCUGCAGUCCCCAGCCUCCGGUGCCGGAGGUGCCCGAGGAGCCCCUGGUGAAGUCGCCACCAGAACCGACCCGGGUCAAGUCCCCGGAGCAGAUCAUAAUGCGCUCUCCCGAUCCAGUCAACUGGACGGUGCCCCUGGACACUGGCAAAACCUUCACGGUGACGCAGAAUGUCAAAGAUGGGGAGAACUACAGCCGACCUCAGAGCGAGAUUAAAGCGUCGACACCGGUGGAGAAGCCCCCACCGCCACCACAAUCGGCUCCGCCACAACUAACCGAACAGGCUAAGAUGGACGCCUGGAAGUCCUGCAGUCCGACCACCAGUGCCGCGAUCUACGGCAAAACGCUGACGCCCCAUGCCACACCCACCGGCCAGCCGGGCGGGGCGGUGCGCUGCACUGUCGCCCAGGAUGAGCCGCCUCAGCAGCCGGAUCCUGCGAUGUCGUCCUCCUCGUCGACGGGCACUGCCUCCACCGCCCGGACAACUGCCGCCGAGGUCCUGGAGAAGGCUCGCGACCGAUUCGAUCGAUUCUGGGGCAGCAGCAGCGCCAGCAAGGAGGAGAGCGUCUAGAUCCGAGAUCUUGGAUCCUAGAUCAGGCACUCAGUGCUUUUCAAGUGCAAAAUGUAUUCCCCAGGGCAGUUAAUUGGCCCCUGAAAGCAAGCAAUUAUAAUACGUAAUAGACGUUAUGCAAUACCUAAUCAUGUACACCAUCUACUCUAUCUAACAGCCUGAUGACAUUGCGGCACAGCUCAUCAUACACAUUGAUUUAUACUGUAUGUUUCCAUAAAUCCCUAUUUAUUAUGUAUCAAUUGGGAGUUGUUCUUAACCUCUACUAUUUUUUGUAUAUUUUUAAUUUAAAUUUCAACUAAAGAUUUAUAACAUAUUGUUCUGUUAGUUUCAAUGAAGACCCUGUUAAGUCAAAAAGUUGGAUUGAACAUCUAAAAAUGAAUUAUGAUUUAUAGAAAAAAUACCAUUUAAUAAUUUUAAUUAAUCUAUUGUAAUUAUGGAUGACUGUGUCGCAGUGAGAUCGGAAGAUUAUGGAAGUCCCGCAUCGACUUGGCUUGACUUUAAAGCUAAAUUCGCUUUUGAUUUUCUAGUUAAACUGCUGCAAGCAAAUCUAAUCAGGCCAAAUGUCAUCUAACGACACGAGCAUAACACAAAGAUUUAUUUAUGUAAGACACUUUCACUGCCUAAACCCAAUCCGAAUACGAAACCGAACUCAAACCAAUGUUGUAUACUUUGAAAUUCACCGAGAGAACUUUGCAAUAUUUCGAUAUCAUCCAAUCAUACAAAAUAUUCAAAUGGGACAAACAUCACCGCAAUGACCCGUCCAAAAAGUGAGUCCAUUCGACAAGAGAUAUACUCACAUUUUUGUAGCUUUCAUUAGAUGAGCAACCGUAUAUUUGGGUAAUGCAUAAGGUGAUCUAAGCUAAACUGCUGAUCCGUCAGAUACCGAACGUUGAAAAUAGAUUUUGCACAUUAACUACAAAGGGAAAAUACCAAAAAAACGACGACAUGAUGUUAAGAAUAAUUUAAGACACACUUUGGCUAAUACAAACUUAAGGCAAGAGAUGGUUAAAACAUAGCAACACCCAACAGAAAACACCAGCAAAACAUACUAAUACUACACAAAAAAUGCGAAACAAUGAGAUUAUGCUUUGAAAAGCUGUGAAACUAGUUUCAGACAUGCCUACGAUUCUUAUAUAACUAUUAUGUGAAUGUGAAAAUAGUCGACAAACAAAAAUGGAAACAAAAUGAUCAAAACAAAUGGAAAGACCUAAUCGAUUUAAUCAUGUUUUGAGUAAAAUUAGCUCUAAAUAAUUAUGACAAAUGCUUCCCGAGGGGCAAUAGCUUUCAGAAUGUUGAUGUUAUUUUGACAAGCAUUUUGUUCGGCCUUGUUUCUCGAAUCUCUCUCAGUGUAGACAGUUUUUCAGUACAAACCAAAUACCGAUUCAAACUCAGUUUGGCAGAACUUUUCUUUUGCGUAGGAGAAGUGCUUGAAUUUAAACCUUUCUUAGAAAUAAACAGAAAAAACAAAAUCGUGUAAGCUGAAGUUAAAUUCCAUUACCCAUAAGUUAUGUGAUUAACUUCAGUAUUGAGCUUACUUGUUGCUUGCCUAUAUAUAUUUUAAUAUAAAACUCAAAUAAGCCAACAAAAAAAAAAACAAAAAAAUUAAGAAGGAAAAUAACGCCACUUUAAUGGUAUUUAUUAAACAGUUGAGUAUUUUUAUAUGUUUUUCAUGAAUGGACCCGUUUGUUAGUUGAAAUCGAUAAGUUUAUCACUGAAUCUUAUAGUUACCGAAUAGUAACAAUGCAUAUUGUCAAGAGCCCCUAAAAUGCAAAAUGUUUAUUACGCUCAGUCUUUAAAAUGGUCACCGAUUCGAUUCAAUCAAUGGCAUUAGUUAGAAAUAAAUAAGAAGCUAAACUAACUAAACUCUGGCAAUCUCAAAACCCGUAAAAGAAGGAAAAUUUCAAUGAAAGAAACAGGAAAUGCACACUCACAUACACAAACAGAACUAUAUUUCCAGUUGCAAUUAAAGGAAAACGGUAACCCAACUGAAUGGUAGACUCUUGAACUCAUUUAGUUUUAAAUAUCGUACUUAACAAAUUUUAGGCAACUUUAAUACGAAUCUACUUAAGAACGAACUUGAUAUUAAUUCUAGCUUGUUUACAAAAGGAUAUAAAAUGAUUAACGAGACAACAGAAAACCAAAACCUAAACAAAGUAUACCCUCAAAAUGAUUCCAAAAUAGGCGCACUAAACGGUUUUCCUUCGACAGCAGUGAAAAAGAAAAUCGAUUUUUAUAAACACUUAUACGAAAGUCAAACCAAUAAAUACUUUCAAUUUUCGGUUCCUUCACGAAGCAAAAUAUUAAAAGUCACCAAACAAUUAUAUAAAUUUUAAAAAUUGACUUUCACGCCCAAAUGCGCCUAAAGUUUUAAUGAAUUAAAAAAGCCUCAUAUGAAAUGCAAUAAUACCAGUAACUAUACAACCCAAUUGAUAAUUUUUUCUGAAUUGUCAUAAAAAGGCACACCAAAUAGCCUUCAUAGAGAUGCUAAUAACACGAUAUAAUUAUAAUUAUACUUGAGAAAAGUGGCCGAAUCAUAUGAUAGAGGAGUAAUGGAAAUAAUAAAAUAGAAUCCGAAAAACAAGUGAUGGUAAAAUGAUUAUAACAUUAAAUGAAUCGAAUAAAUGAAAAAUGCAUAUAAACGUUUUAAAA